GUUUCAUUUUAUUGCCAAAAAAUGGGUUAUUGCAUCUCUUAAUAAUUGUGUAUUACAAAUAGACAGUAAUAUUUGGAAAUCAUCUUCUAAUAAUACAAAUGUUGUUGAAGCCACUAAUGUAUUAAGUAAUCAACGUGAGAAAAGUUUAAAAUUAAUGAGUACUAUUUUGCA